AUGUCGUAUCCGGGCGCAUACAUGAAAUCUGCCAUUACAUUUGGAUUUUUUCUUGCCAUGGCUUACCCAUUGAUUAUAUGGGUUACAAUGGCCAACGCCUGCCGUCCUCUUUCAUAUUACUGGAACCAGUUCGCCGGAACGGAAGGGGUAUGUAUCAACACAAACAGAUUCUUUCUCGCUCUGAGAAUCAUCAAUAUGAUCGCCGACGUGAUUGGCCUGGCGAUACCGUUCCCUCGCAUCGUCAAGUUGCAAAUGGCUACCAGCAGCAAAGUUGCCGUCGUUUGUAUUGCUAGUGUUAUCCGCAUCACCAGCUUCUCCAAGUUCGAAUCAGCACUGGACAUCACCCACGAAAUGGGGCCCGUUUUCAUCUGGUCCACGAUUGAGCCGAGCAUUGCCAUUGUCUGCGCAUGUCUGCCUCAUCUGGCACCCCUGGCGAAGAAAGCUGGUUCUGCAUUUGCAUCCAGGUAUGGGAAAAGCACUUCCGCCAGACCAACCGAUCAAAGCCAGAGGGCCGACAAUCCCGGUAAUGAUAACAUUUCGGGCUAUGAACAGCCACAGAACGGGGGCAUCCGACUAUUCAAUUACGGAUCCGGCACAAAGACCUCGCCGCAUCAUAUGAAAAGGCUCAACGUCUCGGAUGAUGUAGUCCACCUUACCGAUCAGGUUACCGUCGGUCAUUGCCAUGGGCUGGAAAAGGCGAGGUCAAUAUAA